CGUCCCACGAAUCGGCUUAUACCGCUCUUACAAGCAAUCUUAUUUAACCCGCCGAGUCUAAGACCGAGAGUGCACUCGCUAGAUCCAACGCCGGACUCAAUCCAUCCCUUAACCCUGAGCAAGAUCUGUGUCUCUCGAUUCCUGAUUUCAUCUAAAAUCAAUGGGCUCUCGAUUUCUGUAAACUUCAAUUCGGUGGUUUUGCCAUGGCUGGAGUUAUGCACAAGUUCCUUAUUGCGUCAAUGUUCAUGUGGAUUCUUCCUGUUGCCAUAUUAUACGGAUUCAACCACAAUUUGCUUCCUGGUUCAACGACAUUGUCUCCUCAUUCUCUAAUUCUCUUGAGCGGAUUUCUUGCGGUGGUAUCAGUGAACACAGUGAUCGUGUUCUACAUCUGUAUGGCCAUGAAAGAACCUGCAGAUAAACACAAACCAGACGCUGCAUUUCUCGCUGAGGCCAAAGAUAGUGUGAACAAAUUGACAAAAGGAGCCACAAGCAGUGAUGAUCAUGCACUCAAAAAACAAGAGUGAGAGCUUUCUUAAUCCAAUUAUGAAAUGAAGAACAACAUCUGGGUUGGAUCGAAUGGAGCAGACCUCGGGUUAUCGAAAUAGAUUAUUACAGGAUUCUGUGAAAAUUGAGGUUUAGGGUUGGUUAAACAAAGUAGCAGAAAAACAUGUCGUGUAUGAUGAACAGAGAACUAAUGUUAUAACACAAAACUACGAACACUCUUGGAAGGAUUAGACAUUUGCCAGUUAUUUCUUUCCUCAAUACGUAAUUGGUGUAAUGAAUUAUUCCACAAACGAAGAAAAAUUGACAUAAGAACAAAAACAAAACACAAAAACUUGUAUAAAAUUUGUAGGAAUUUUUUUU